AACAGUUGAAACUCAAUAAACUAUCCAUUCUAUCUAUUCUAUAUUUUAGCUAUUCCUUCAAAUAAACUACUCUCUGUGCCGACGGGCGGAGCCUUUUGUGUUCUUUGGUUUGUUUUAUAUAGAUCAUUUCCCUGUUGACCACUUCCCGGAUUUCUUUGGAGAAUGAUAAAAAGUGAUCAAAUGAAUUUUUUUUUUUCUCGUUCAAUAUGGAAUAAAUAAGGGCUUUCUAACAACCCGGCCAGUAAUACAGUACAAUUGAAAAAAGAAACACUCAGCCAGAAUCCGACUGUAACAAGGUUCGACCGCGCAUACAAUAGGGAAACUGGCACUAGAUGCGGUGUGCCGCUGUCAAGAGGUUAUAUCCUCUGCAGGCGCAAAUGCUGUUGUGAUGACAAACUGAGAGAAACCAUCGCUUAUCGAAUUAGAAUGAAAAUGUUUUCUUCACUUUGACUUGAACUUAUGGGAAAGUCUUCCUGUAAAGGCUGAAAUAAUGAAACAUGAGGAUUAUAAUGACAGAAAGUGAAUCUAGCGAAUACCGUGACAUAAGAAAGAACAUAGGAAUAGGUGGAGUAAACGACAGUUGAUAAAAUCAAUGCCAAUUCCAGGAGUAACGGUAGAGGAUGUGGAUGCAUACUCUGAUGUGUCCAAUGGCUCUACAAUCUCAGUGGGUAGUGCAGCUUCUGGUGGAAGUGGACACAUGCCAAGACCUCCGUCUGGUGGUUCACGACGGUCUAAGUCAGUGCAAGGACGACGAUCUCUAACUGCAAAGUCACCAUAUUCUAGCACCCAAAUUAAAGGCUCUUCAAAACAACAGCCUCCCAAACCUGCUGCAAGAAAUAUGUGGAUCACUGCAAUGAGAAAUGGAACUGCAACCCUGAGUACAGAAAAUUCCCCCAUGAAGACUUGGGCAGGUACUAGAGCCUCUUAUGGCAAGCAGAGUAGGAGUGGAACCAGAGCAAGGCAUUUAAGUGACUUUGUUCAAGUUGAGGACUUGAAGAACAAAAAUCACGUUAGGAGUGCUAGCAUGUCUGCAAGUGAACCUCAUUUAUCUAGUGGAGGUCCUGCAUACAAACCCCCGGAGGAUUACUACGAUGAGGUCAUAGAACUAAAGAAGAUUAUAAAUGCUUUGAAAGCUGAAAACAAUGUUAUCAACACAAAACUCCGUAGAGUUGAAGGAGAGAAUGUGCUGAAGGACAGGAAAAUGGAAGACCUUUUAAAUACAAGAAAGCAGCCGGAAGAUGUGAGAAGGACGUUAACAGACAAAAAGGGAGACACUAGUGCAAUUGUAAAUAGUCUGAAACAGAAGCUCCAUGCAGUUGAAAGAACAGUAAAAGACAAAGAAGCAGAAUUAAGUCAGCUGAAGAAGGAUAUCAAAAUGACAAACAUUGAAGAGCUGCAAAUUCAGAGUGAAACAUAUUACCAAGAGGUUCAAAGAUUACAACUGGCUUUGUUGGAAAUGCAGCAAUCUCAAGUUCAGGAUUCGUUUGGAAGGACUAGUCCUAGGAAUAACACCCUUUCAAAAGGUACAAAAGGAAAGCCGACGAGUGUUUCUCUUCAGAGACUGGCCGAGGAAAAUGACCACUUGAAAGCUGAAAAUCGCAGUCUCAAGAAAGACCUCUUGACAGCCAUAGAAACCGGGGCAAGUGGAAACAGGAAAGUUCCGCUUAAAGCUGACUAUGCAGAUAUGAACCGAGGACAACUUCUGGCCAAGAUUCGUGAACUAGAGGAACAAGUACAAGAGUCGGAUGGAAAGGGGGCAUUGGCCAGGAAGGAAUCGUUUAGAGAAGAUAAAGAAGACGACACGGAAGUUAGAAGAAAAAGCAUCUCGAAGCUCACUUCGCAAGUUCCAGGGAGACUGGAGCUGAAGGGAACCACAUCUCAGAAACUAGCUCAACUACAAGAAAGAGAAAUUGAACUUUUAGAAGAAAGAGAAAAACAGCGGGAAGUUAUUGAACGACUGAAAGAAGAUCGUGCGCAUUACAGAUCAGUCUCGGAUGAUCUCAGGUUGCAGUUGAAGUCAACUCAAGAGGAGCUGGACAGAUUGAGAGACGAAAAGGGUGCUGCUGGAGAAAGAAGGAGAUCAUCCGCAAGUAUAACAAGUCCAACAAGAAAGUCCUCUCUCAAGGAAGUUCCAGUACAGGAUGAUCACGAUGAAGAUCUGGAUCGAAUGUUAAAUGACUUCCAACAACAGCGAGCCGCCAAGGCUCUCCAGCGGCAGUGGCGAGGUUACCGAGGGAGGAAAAAGCAGCAAAUAGAAGAGCAGGAUAGAGAAAGAGAGGAGAGAGUGGAGAGAGAGAAUCAAGCUGCUUCCACGCUGCAGAAAAACUGGCGGACACACAGAGAGAGGAUCAAACAGAGGGAGGAAGACGAUAAAGAAAAGGCAAUAGAAGAGAUCCAGGCAGCUCUACGCGGUCACGCAGUCCGUAACAAGCAUAUUAAACAGUUGGAUGAAGAACUGGAAUUUACAGACCGUGAUGACGCAGUGGUUACCAUCCAAUCAGCGAUGAGAGCGCACUCGGCAAGAAAACGACACCUGGGGUGCCCUGAAGAGGUGAUAAAGUCACGUGAUACCAGGACUAGAGGAAGUUCUAGUCGCAACGUUCUCGACUCUGAACCUGAUUCCGAUGAGGGUGUGGUAACUAAACCAUCCAGCAGUAAACGACAUCCAGAACCUGCUGUGACAGGUUUGAGAAGAUCUAGUUCGACAGACCCACAGGAUUCUGCUGGUCACAAUGCCCUAGCACCUUCAGCCAAUCAAGUGGCCACAACAGAACGUGACUCGCCACUAACACGUGAUUCACCGUCCAAUCGACAAUCACUUGCACAUGAAAAUGCACUUGCACCAGCUGAACUUGCACGUGAUAAGACACGUGAUAAGGCACUUGCACGUGAUCAAGCACUCGUUACGUCAGCACUUGCACGUGGCCUGUCAGAAUCUGACUCAGACGAUGACGCCGUCGUGUUUGGCCGGUCAGGUAGAAGUAAAACAAAAAGUCAAAAGAACGAAAAGACGUCACAGUCCAGUGCAGAUAAGUCAGUAGAUAGAGGCCAAAGAACUUCAGGCGUUAGUGAAAAAGAUAAGCAAAAGAACACAAAAAAAUCCCGCGGAAAGAAAAAAGCUGGCAAAGAGUCCGCGAAGAAAAACGACGAUGAAGGAGAGAAAAGAAAUACGGACGAGGCGGGCCCGCGACGGAGUUUGAUUACAGCACCAAGGUUCUCAAAUAUCUCUGAACAGAGCGAGGAGGAAGAUACUCGCGUAACGAGCCCCAAGAGAUCGGGAUCGCUUCAAAAGAGGUCUGCUGGGCUAGUUAACGUUUCCGCGCCGAAUGAAACCGGGGAAAGACCGAAGAAGAAAACGUUCGAGAUCGUGGAUAGCGACGACGAAGACGACGACGACGACGAUGAUGCAAUAGUUUCCCGGUCUAGAAGAUCGCUGGACACGGGCGUGAGUCAACAGCGACCUUCUCUAUCUCGGUCAAGACGAGCGCUUAGCCCUCCUUCAACCAGCCCGAGGGAAGAAAGCCGAGUGGCCGCUGUUGAAAGUAGACCUGGUUUAUCACGAACGACCGGUCAUCUCGUUACCAAUCGAGAUCUUGGAGAUUCUGAGUCCAAUAAGGACGAGAAUCUUCAGAGGCCAGGACUGUCGCGGUCUAAGAGACCUCUGAGCGGUAAGAGAUCAGGUUCAAAUCGCAGUAGCGGUGGUGUUGGUGGUAGUAAUAAGGAAAAAGAGAAUUCCGGAACGUUGAGUUCGACAAGGACCAGUUUGACCGCGGGCUCUGAAGAAGACAGUGAAGAUGAUGUAAUUGUGACUGGAAAAAAGAAGAGAGCUACUGGUGACGAGAAAACAGCAGCUCGCCCUAGUCUCACUCGAAAAUCGCCUGCAAGCACACUCCCAGUGUCUUCUCAACGUGGAUCGAUAGCUAGCAGCCUGGACAACUUUUUCUCCUCCACUGUCCAGUCAAAAGAAUCCAGUGGCAAGAAGUCCCCCCGGAGAACUCUGGCCCAGUUCAACGACAGUGAUGAUGACGUCGACGACGACGACGACGACGAAGAUGAAAUUGUUGUUUCUUCAUUGUCGAGAUCCAAGUCCAAACAAAAGGAAAAGUCUUCCACGGGAAGAACGAGCGCAGUAGAUUCGGGUUAGUAGUGGAACUUCUUAGUGUAUCUAGGAAACACGUGUUUCUCUUGUAAAUGGCGCGAUCGUGUAUAGUAACUUAGACUGAUGUCACUAAAACAAGAGAGUGAAUUAGGGAGAACGGGCACGUUUUUCAACCCUAGCCUUCGGUUAAGGUCAUUCCUCACAUUUGCAUUGCGCAUCCUUACUGCGCAUAAUUAAUAGCG